CGGCGCUGCUGGGCGGUGCGGCCGCCGCCGGCCAUCCCGUGGUGCUCUGUGGUGUCCCGUGGUGCCCCGCGGCGGCGGGCGGCAUGGCGGCGGCGCUGGCGCUGCUGGGCCGGGCUGCGGGCCUCGCCAACGGCGCGCGGAGGCUGCUCAGGGGUUGUGGCGUUGCACGCGCCGCGGAGGUGGGCUGCUCUCGGGCCAUGAGCUCGGCCGAGCGCCCGAAGCGUCCCCUCAGCGCCUAUUUCCGCUUCCUGAGGGACAACCAGCCGGCGUUCCGCGAGCAGAACCCAGAAUUGAACAGUUUGGAGCUGGUGAAAAAGCUGGCGGGUGUUUGGAGGGAGCUGCCGGCCUCGCAGAAGCAGGUUUAUGAGGAAGCAAGGAAGACAGACUGGCGAAAAUAUGAAGAGCAGUUGGCUGCAUACAAAGCACAGCUAACUCCAGCCCAGGCUGCAGCUUUGAAAGAAGAAAGGAGAAAACGGCUGGCAAAAAGAAGAUCAUUCAGGAUAAAGAGAGAAUUGACUGUGCUUGGAAAACCUAAAAGACCUCGUAGUGGCUUCAACAUUUUUGUAUCAGAAAACUUUCAGCAGAGCAAAGGACUUUCACCUACGGCAAAGCUGAAGCAGUUAUUUGAAACAUGGCAAAAUCUAUCCAGUUCUCAAAAGCAGCCAUAUCUGCAGCUUGCUCAAGAUGAUAAAAUUCGGUAUGAAAACGAAAUGAAAUCAUGGGAAGCCAAAAUGGUUGAACUUGGACGUGAAGACUUGAUACGUUCCAAAGAACAGCGGCCAAAAAAGAAGACUGACACUGCCCAAGAAGGCUCCAAAGCUUCACUGCGUGAAAGGCUGGCAAAACUGAAGUUGAAAAAAUCCGAAGAAUAAAACGGUUACUUAUGUAAUGUCUUUAUCCUGCUGUUUUAAUGCUGCAGUCAGGGUUAAGAUUGAAGUUUGGAAAACCCGUAAGGGGCCGCUGGAGAGAUUGGAAAGGAAGGUGAUGGGGAAAGAGAGAAUUCAGUGUCUCUUGGAACUGACUUAAUCAUUGCAGGUGUAACCUGAGCUGUGUAACGAGAAUCAGUUAAUCAAGCUGUGAAUGGUGGCACUCACUGACAUCAGCAGAGCUCUCCUAUGGUGGUAGAUACCAGCUAGCUUUUAUAAAGAUUUUUUUUUUUAUGAAAGCAAGAAUAUUCUACUAUGUUACCAUUUAAAUUCUGUAACUAGGAGCUGAAAUCUGAGUUGUGCUGCUGUGUUUAAUCCCUCCAUUGUAGUGAUAGAGAAAGAAAACAUUACAAGAGAAGGCGCAGGAAAUGUGAAAUGCUAACUUCUGGUUUGGUCUUUUUGUAUGUAUCAAUCUGUGUAUACCACUUACAUGGUGUUUCAUUAAAGACCGUAUGAAUUUUGUAUAAACGUA